AAAUACGGUGAUUAUAUUCUCAGUAAGCGGUGUUAUAUAUCGUACGAUUUAACAAGCGACUGAUACUGUUAACGAGGAGACGACUGAAAGGGAAAGUUUGACAGGUGUGGUGGUGAAAAUGGGUGGGGCGAGACACAUGGAGCAGGUGUUGCUGAAUAUUGACCAUGUUCAGCAGAGACAUACCUGGGAUUGUGGUCUGGCGUGCAUCAUGAUGGUUUUGCCACCACAGAGUCGCACUAGAUUCUCAGUGAGACUUUACCAAAUAUGCCAAGAGGAAGGAUUUGACAAAAGUACCUGGAGCAUUGACCUGGCAUACUUGCUGCAGAAAUUUGGGAUCAAACACCGAUACAUGACAGUCACUUUAGGAGUUGACCCGGGAUUCUCAGCUGAAAGUUUCUACGAUCAUGUACUCAGUAAAGAUGCCCAGAGAGUUUUGGUUCGCUUCCAAGAAGCUAGCAGUCAGGGAGUGGUUGUGGAACAAGGAGCUGCCACACUGAUGGACAUCGUAUCCCACCUUCGUGAGGAGGGCCCAGUCAUCCUCCUCACUAAUGCACACCUACUUAUUUGCACGAGGUGUGCGAGGGCUAUGCCACAUCUUCGUUCCUGCCUGCCAUGUUCACCGCCUUAUCAGGGACAUUACAUUCUUCUUAUUGGUUUUGAUAUGAGAAAGACCCAUUUCUAUUACAGAAACCCAUCUUUUAAAAAUCGCAUUUGUUGCAUAUCUUUUAGUAAGUUGGAUGAGGCUAGACAGAGUUAUGGUACUGAUGAAGAUGUUAUUUUUAUUUACAAUACCUCAAAACAUCAGAGCUCUACAUAAAAUUAGGUAAAAAUAGGUUUAGUUUUUAUUAUGAAAUUUAUAUAAAUCAAAACAUAUACUUUAUAGAUUUAAAGAGAUGAGAUGUAUCAUGUUUUGGUGGUAUACACGAACUACAUGGGUAUAAUACAAAAGGAAUUAUGUAGCAACUCUCUUACCUGUGACUCCUCUCUCCUCUGGAACUUGAGAGAUGAUUGUGUGUAGAUUUUCCUACAUUUUAAAUUGUUACAUAUGAAGUAUUAUACUGUUUGAAAAGUACAUGAAUGAAGAAAGUGCCAUUGGUUUGCACCUGACUGAUUGCUCCCACUAAUAUGAAUACAAUAUGUUGAAACAAAAUUGAAGACAUUUUAUGUACAGUGAACCCUCGCUUUACGCGGUCAAUUGAACCCACGGAGGCCUGUGUAAAGCAAGAAAUGCGUAAAGUGAACAACAUAACAUUUGGGAUUAAUUGAAAUAGAGACCGGGCCGAC